AUGUACCAAAAUAGCUUUGGAGCUGACCCUGGUUCUUGUGUCCCCAGAUGGGAGGAGAAGAUCCCUCUGGCCAAAACCACCCUGGAGAAGACCUGGCUGUUCCACGAGAUUGGCCGCUGCUACUUGGAGCUGGACCAGGCCUGGCAGGCCCAGAAUUACGGUGAGAAGUCCCAGCAGUGUGCCGAGGAAGAAGGGGACAUCGAGUGGCAGCUGAACGCCAGUGUUCUGGUGGCACAGGCACAAGUGAAGCUGAGAGACUUCGAGUCGGCAGUGAACAACUUUGAGAAGGCCCUGGAGAGAGCGAAGCUCGCCCAUAACCACCAGGCACAGCAGGCCAUCAUCAACGCCCUGGACGAUGCCAACAAGGGCAUCAUUGAAGAGCUGAAGAAAACCAACUACAGGGAGAUACUCAAAGAUGAGAAGGAGAAAGAAGAUGCCACUACGUUGGAUAGUAUAACAGUGAUGGCAAAGGAGAAGGAAACGAUGAGGAGAAUGAGAGAUGAACCCGAGAAGGUGAUAAAGCAGUGGGAGCCGGAGCAAAUGGAGAGUGAGAAAGAGACCGAAGGUGACUUGUCUAACGAAACCCUGGGGAUCACAGCUAGUGGACCAGAAGGACAUAAGCAGAGAGGAGAAGUAGAAAAAGCCAGCCCCUCAAGGAGAAAAGGACCAGCUGCGAUGGAGGGAGGUCCAGGAGAUGUUGCCAAGGGACAAUCUGGAGAAGCAGGCAGGAAACUAACAGAAGUGAACAGAGGGGAAACAAGAGAAAUUUACAGGAGGCCUUCAGAACUGGACCAAAACCUCUCAGAAGAAUCAAGGACAAGGGAAUCCGAAGGACUAGAGAAGACACUUUCAGAAAUCGGCAGAAGAGGGUCAGAAGCACUGGGGAAAACAGAAUCGGCAGAAAUAAGAGAACCGGAAAUAACAGAAGAUUCUGAAAAAAUGGAAAAAGAUGAAAAGGAAGAUGAAUGAAGCCAUCGAGUAGGCAUUAGGAUCAGGAGGCUGGUGUUCACAGGGACCGCGGAGAUAUUAUUAAACUGGACCUUCAAGCUGAGAUUUGUCUCUAAUAGGAAAACAUGUGGACUGGGUCCCACAGGUCACCUCUGUCUCUAUUACUGUUUUCCCUUUAAAUGUGCAUCUUUCAUGCUUACAAACCCUGAGUCUGUCAUUUUGCCUCCUUACCCCCACCCAUUCUCAGAAGAGCCUUAGAGAAUGAAUGAGCGGGCAUUGGGGUACCACUUUCCAAGCAGAACUCUGAUGUUCUGAUUAGGUGAGAAACACGGAGACCCCCAAACAAGGCCUGACCCAGAAUGUGACCAAGGUGUGAGAUGCGGUCCUCCUCCCCAGGCCCUGUGCAAGGACCUCGUGGAAGAAAUGAGAAA